AUGUCAAACUCGGGAAGCAGCAAGGUUUGGCCAUUUCUUCUCGGCGUCUUUUGUGCUUGGGACGCCUACGAAGACUGGAUGCGCCAGUAUUACACAAAUAAGUACACUCCCUGGUCCCUACCCUCCGAGAACGACCGCAUUUUCGAUGAAUCCGAUGUCAGCCUCAUUGUGCCCACGAUCGACUUCGACGAAUCCGUGAAGAAAUGUUUUCGUGUCUGGCUUACCAACAAGCCCCUUGAAAUCAUUUUCGUCACCACUGUAGAUCUGGAGAAGUCACUCCGAGUACUCAUCGCAGACGUUGAUCCCGGCAGCACCAACAUCAAGUUUCUGACCGUCGAGCAUGUGAACAAGCGAGACCAGCUCAUCAAGGGCGUCAACGAGAGCAGUGGGAGGAUAUUGGCUUUGGUUGACGACGAUGCAUUCUGGAAGAGCGAUAUGACACUUCUGAACCUCUUGGCCCCAUUCCAGGACGAUGAUGUUGGGCUGGUCGGGGGCCCCAUAAAAUCCUACAUUCCGGAGCAUAGAAGGCGACCAGAGAUUAUCACCCAUUGGGAAGUCGCUGCGUUCCGCAUGCGCGAGAGGCGAGAUGGAGGCAUGAAAUGUGCUUUCGCUGCCGAUGGUGGCAUCAAUUUCUGCGUGUCGGGAGUCACCAUGUUACUACGCAGCGAGAUCUUGCGAGACUCCGAGUUCCAAGACGCCUUCAGUAAAGAGACGUGGAUGGGUAAGCGCACUAACUCUGGUGACGACAGCUUUAUCACUCGCUGGGUCCUGUUUUAUCACCAGCUGGACCACCACAUGCACCGACUUAACGCCGGCUUAUUAGACUACCAAAAUGGGAAUAUGCCGAUGAAUCCUGGCAUCAGACCGAAGAAAUGGAAGCUCGCCAUUCAGCAUACCGCAGCGGCCGUCGUUGAGACGUCUUUGAGGUCCGACUCGGGCUUUUCUAGUCAACUGAAACGCUGGUAUCGUAGUGGCCUACGUCUUCGCCUGACGUGUCUACUGUUCGAACCAGGUUGGCACGCCAUGAGAAUACAGACUCCUUACAUGGCGAGAAAGAUGGUGGAAGGAAUGCUCACACCUAUCUUAUCAUGGGUUCGCCUGAUUGCACAACUCAAAUCCUUCAAGGCUGCACCCCGCUUGGCUUCUGUCAUCUUUCUUUUCAACACCUACCUCUAUCUCAAGGACAUUGCGGGGUUUUUCCAGAAAUUCCCUUGGUGCAAACGUAAAUGGUGGGCAGUAGUGCUAAUGGACAGGCUCUAUUUCUUUUCAGACAUCUACUGUUGGUUGACUCUCGGCGAAGAAUCAUGGGAGACCCGACCGCAUACCAACAAAGACUUCUCGAAUACUACCGAUUUGGGCGCCUCAUCUGCGGUCAAGAAGUCGUGGAUCACAACACCUGAUGUCGAUGAGCAUUCUCUCGGUAGCAAACAAGCUGCCGACUACUUCUCUUCGCCCUCGAGAGUGGGGUUUACGGAACCACAUAAUCCCGAGAAUUUCAUGAGAGGAGCCUCUUCAGAUGUGAUGAGGGGUGCGGCGUCCUCUGCCGUCACCGAUGAUUCUACCAACAGCCUACUUUGCGAUGCUUUUAAGCCUGAUGUCAGCGGUCGGGCCCAAAGAAUUCCCGAAGAAAGUUCGGUCAACCGCCUCGGUGAUUUCCGCCGCAAGUUAACGACUUCUGACAUUACAAGAAACAUUACGAAUGAACAUGACAACGGAAGCGUAUAUCAACUACAAACUGCAACAUAUGGAGAGCCUAUUGACUGGACAGUCUCUGAUGGGUGA